AUGCAAAACAAAGAACAAGCUUCAUCAUCAGAACCCUCUCUAAAACGAAAGCUCGAUGAAGAAAAUGUCAACAAUGAAAAAUCGGAUAGCAGAGAACAUUCGAAAAAACUCAAAGAAUCUUCUUCCGAAAUAAUUCAAGACAACAUUUCAUCAAGUAGUAGUAGUAGUACUCAACCUGAACGUCUCUCCAUAUUAAUCAUGAGUGACAUUCACAAUUAUGACAUUUACUUUGAAAGAGUGAGGAAAAUUCUGGACAAAAAUCAAGUAAAAGUCGACAUCGUUCUCUGUCCCGGCGAUAUUGUCAAUAUCAAGACAAAAGAAGAAUACAAGAGUAAAGAAUUUCAAUUAGAAUCACUCAAAAAUGUGGAGAAGAUUGCACAAGGCAUGUUGAGCUUUGCACCUAAGGCGUAUUUAAUUCCAGGAAAUCAUGAUCCAGAUGCCAUGUUCGAAAACAAACUCACUCAACCCAAUGAAAACAUUCACCUCAUUCACAAUUCCAUUGUUGAGUUGAGAGAAGGCCUGUAUUUGGCAGGAUUUGGUGGAAGUGUUCCUUCAUUCCACAUUUCACCUCCAGAACUUGCAUCGACACGAGCAUGGAAAGGCUAUCCUCAUUCCACCGAUGAAGCAUUUGGCAAUGAGCUCUCACAAUUAAUUGAGAGAAUGAAAGCAUUCCGUCAAGUUCCAUCAUCCUCAUCAUCCGAACCACCAUCACACAUGACGACGACUGAAACUCCUCAACAACAACAACCACAACCACAACAACUACAACCACAACAAGCACAACAAUCACAUCAAUUCAUUUUCAUGACUCAUAACGGACCAGCAAACUGUGAUACUACUCUCUUCCAGAAAGUGGACAUUACGAGUCCUAAAAUCAUUUCUGGUUCCGAUGCUCUUCGAGGAUUCAUUGAGCAAACCGAAUUACAAUCGAGUUGUGUGUGUUUGAUUCAUGGACAUACACACUUGUUUAGACCUUCCUCUUCACUGGUUGGUACUCUUCCGAUUGUGAAUCCUGGAUCCUUAAUGGAGGGCAACUUUUCAGUCAUUCAACUCGAGAGACAAACACAUCUCGAGAAUGGACCCUUCUUGUUAGAAUCGGUGACUUCGUAUCGUUUCAAACCUUAG